CAAAGCAAUUACAUAUCAAAUAAUCAACAUCAAUAUCAAAGUCGACUGAUCAAAGUCUUUAUCAAGAUAAACAAUCAAACGAAGCAAAUAUAACUAAGCGACCCUCACCCAUCACUAUUCCUAGUCAAACACUCAAUACCAGUAAUACCAGUAGUGGAUCAUCACCUCCUUCUUUUUGUUGGGCCCUAGUUAGUCCUUCCGAGCAUCAUCAUCAUCAUCAAUGUCAGCUGCACUCUCAUGAAAACAUGGGCUAUGUGUUUCAAAAAUCAAGCAAAGAUAGCCGUCGUCCUACCAAGCCAUCCAGUAGUAAACAACGAAGAUCAUCAUCACCUACAUCUUUUAUCCAUCCACCACUCAUACUACCAACAUCAUCAUCCAAUCAUCAAAAUCAGUCCUCUAUAUUGAACAAUUAUCUUUCAAAUGAUAUUCCUCUUUCCCGGUCCAUAUCGUCAUCAUCAUCCAACAAUAUAGAUAAUAAUGAUAUGAUGAAGGAAUUGGAUGAUGAUUUGUGUAAUUUAUUGGACAACAUGAUUCAACAACAAAGUAGGACAACAACAUCCGUCUCUUCACCUUCCAUAUUAUCAUCCACGAGCAACACAUCUCCUCAAUCUGCCACCACUUUAUCUUCAUUUUCAACGCCUAUACCACAUUCAUAUAAUCAUCCAUCUCUUUUUGGACAGUGUCAGAAAUUGGCACAAUGGAGAGCUCAAUCAUCAGGACCACCACCAGGAGAAACAGGGGAAUCAGUCAUCAUUACAAUGACACCUUUACCGAAACUUGUUGACACUCAACAACAGCAACAACAACAGCAACAACAACAACAAACGAUCAGUACUACAAGAAUUGUUACUUGUUAUUGUGGAAAAUCAUGUUCAUGUCCAGGUUGUUUGGUACAUCCUACUAGUUCCAUAUUUGCAUCUCAAGGUUUAGAUCCUUAUGCUGGCUAUCCUAUACAACAUUCUUUAAGUUCGGAUGAAGACUAAUAAUAUUUUUUUUUAUGAUUUUCUCUUUUUAUGAAAUAUGCUUAUGUUUAUGAUAUUUAUGUUUAAUUUAUGAAAAAAUUGAUUUUUUUCUUCUAUUAUUAUUACUACUACUUGUAUAUGUUCUUUUUUUAUUAUUAUUAUUAUUUUAGUUUUGCUUGUAUGUCAUUAUUUAGGAGCCAAAUAAAUUUUGAAACCCAACCCUCAACGCCCAUGAUCAUCUU